CCAAUAAUCAACAAGAAAUCAAUUUUCUUCAAGGUGGGCCACCACUACCCGUCAAAAGAUGUCAAACAGUAGUAGCAACUAGCAAUAGCACCCCAUGAGCCCAUGACCUCUUCUUCUCUCUCUCACCAUUGUUUUCUUCAAUGGUCUUAGAUUCCUUCACUCCCCAAUUCGUAGCCUAAUCCUUUGAGCCUUUUUCAGAAACCUAUAAAUCUUCUUCCACUUUUCAACCCCAAUUCUAUACUGCUGUUGGUUAUAGUUUCUAAAUUCAAAGAUUGAACCUUUUUUGAUUUCAUUUUCUGGUGCCUCGGUCACUUAUCUGGAAUUUCGAUGAUUGAUGCGUGAAUCUCCACCGUUAGAACACGUACAACGAUUGCUGUUUUCAUCCGUCAAUUACUGCUUUUAAAUUACAACAUUAAAUAUGGGCACGUUUGGCUCAAGCUACUCGAUGAUACCUGAGGCAAAUACAAGUAGAUCUGGCUCUCAUUUUUCAUGGUUUAACCCCAGUAGUUAUCUAGCGGCAACAAGGAAUGUAUUCAAUCCGUUCCAAGGAACUCAAAACAAUCCAGACGGAGGGCUGGCUGCUAUCCCCAUCCGGUGCAUGCCCAUAAAUCAGACGGUAAAUAAUGUCGUGGAUGCGGAGCCUAUGCCAUCUGAGCCUACUAAAAAACCAAAGACUUCGAAAAAGAGCUCUAAGGAUGGUGCACCAAAGGAACCUAAACUGGGAGUUAAAAAAGGUCUGCCUUCAAAGGCUAAAGAGAGAAAAAACCUGAAAUCCCGUGGCCAUGAGUCGAGUAUGGAUGCUUUUGGAAACCCGUCACCAGUAUGUACUUGUACUGGUGCUGCUCGGCAGUGCUACCGAUGGGGUUCAGGAGGAUGGCAAUCAUCGUGUUGCACAACUAAUAUAUCAGAGUAUCCGCUGCCUAUGAAUGCCACAAGACCUGGCUCACGUCUCGCUGGACGGAAAAUGAGCCAUGGAGCUUAUGAUAAACUCCUCCAUAGACUUGCUGCUGAGGGUUAUGACUUUACAGUUCCAAUUGACCUGAAAAAUCAUUGGGCUAAGCAUGGUACCAACAAGUUUGUGACUAUUAAGUGAAAAAGGUCUUAGUUUCUUGAUGGAUGUGCUUCUGUUGCUUGUUUUCUGUUUCACUAUCUGCAUCAUUUUUUUAAGUAGGCAUAAUCUUAUUGUUUAUAUUCGAGCAGUUCAGAUUUGAAAUAUGGGUUUGUAGAUGUUUGAACAUGUUCGAUUUCUUUAGUGUAUGAUCUUUUAUGGUCUCUUUAUUCGAAAUAUAUGGGAAGUAUUUGUUGUUUUGUUAAACUGAUUUGGAUUUAUUGUCAAUACUAGCAUAUGAUCGGGAAAAUAUGAGGUGCACACGCUUCAUAAGCUAGACCCUGACUUAUUGUGUUGUUAAACUUGAGACUACUUUGUGACCAGGGACAUGUCUAGACCUGGGCUGACAUAGGCAUUGGCCCGGGUCAUGAAAGAUCAAGUAGUAUGUUGAAAUGAUGUUUAGUUUUCGAAACCACGACGUUCUAUGCGCUUUGACAAAGGCGUUUCCAACUAAUUACACCAUGCUAACGAGAGUCAUGAUAUUGGCCCAGGUAAUAAAUUUUUUUUUGAUUUGCCCAUGUUUGUUACCCACCACCCAAUAAGGCGCUACAUGUCCUGAAGUAGAAGCUU